UACUCGCAUACCAUAAAAUAACGCGCACCUCCUCGGAUCUUCUUCCUUUCUGACUGAUUUUUCGUGGAGUACGGUUGCCACGUAGUGUUAAUUACCAUUUUUAGUGUUUGCAUUUUGGUGCAGUUAUUUUUUAAUUAGAACAUUUAUUCAUUUCAAAACAUAAAACAUGGGCAAGGAAAAGAUCCAUAUCAAUAUUGUCGUUAUUGGGCACGUAGAUUCUGGUAAAUCUACUACCACUGGUCAUUUAAUUUACAAAUGCGGUGGCAUCGAUAAACGUACCAUUGAGAAGUUCGAGAAAGAAGCUCAAGAAAUGGGAAAAGGCUCGUUCAAAUACGCAUGGGUUCUCGAUAAACUAAAGGCCGAACGUGAACGUGGUAUCACCAUCGAUAUCGCUUUGUGGAAAUUCGAAACUUCAAAAUACUACGUGACAAUCAUCGACGCUCCCGGGCACAGAGAUUUCAUCAAAAACAUGAUCACUGGAACCUCUCAAGCCGAUUGUGCCGUCCUUGUCGUUGCUGCGGGUACUGGUGAAUUUGAAGCUGGUAUCUCUAAGAACGGACAAACCCGUGAACAUGCUUUGCUCGCUUUCACCUUAGGUGUGAAGCAAUUGAUUGUCGGCGUUAACAAAAUGGACUCCACUGAACCACCAUACAGCGAAGCCCGUUUUGAGGAAAUCAAAAAGGAAGUAUCCUCCUACAUUAAGAAAAUUGGUUACAAUCCAGCCGCCGUCGCGUUCGUUCCAAUUUCUGGUUGGCACGGAGACAACAUGUUGGAACAAUCUGACAAAAUGCCAUGGUUCAAGGGGUGGAGCAUUGAACGCAAAGAAGGCAAGGCUGACGGUAAAUGCUUGAUUGAUGCUUUGGAUGCCAUUCUCCCACCUUCCCGCCCGACCGAAAAACCCCUUCGUCUUCCACUACAAGAUGUCUACAAAAUUGGUGGUAUUGGAACAGUACCCGUUGGUCGUGUUGAAACUGGAGUCUUAAAACCUGGCAUGGUCGUCGUAUUUGCCCCGGCUAAUCUGACCACUGAAGUAAAAUCCGUUGAAAUGCAUCACGAAGCUCUACCUGAAGCCGUACCCGGCGAUAAUGUUGGUUUCAACGUCAAGAACGUGUCUGUCAAAGAACUUCGUCGUGGUUACGUAGCUGGUGAUUCAAAAAAUAACCCCCCCAAGGGUGCUUCAGAUUUCAUGGCUCAAGUCAUCGUAUUAAACCAUCCCGGUCAAAUCUCCAACGGAUAUACUCCAGUCCUCGAUUGCCACACCGCGCAUAUUGCCUGCAAAUUUGCCGAGAUUAAAGAAAAGGUGGAUCGUCGUUCCGGCAAGACUACUGAAGAGAAUCCUAAGGCUAUCAAGUCGGGUGAUGCCGCCAUCGUCAAUUUAGUACCGAGCAAACCUAUGUGUGUUGAAUCCUUCCAGGAGUUCCCUCCGCUUGGUCGUUUUGCCGUACGUGAUAUGAGGCAAACUGUCGCCGUCGGUGUCAUCAAGAGUGUCAGCCACAAGGAUCUUACCGCUGGCAAAGUUACGAAAGCCGCAGAAAAGGCGCAAAAAAAGAAAUAACCAAACAUCGCCAUCUUAUAAACUUAUGUUUCAGUUAUUUUUACAUAUAUUAUAUUUUCAUUUUUACAUACUGAACACUUAUUUUUGACCGUACAACACUUUCAUACAAUUUUCAAAAUUGUGGAAUAAAAGUUUAUUUCUUA